AUGAACAAGAUCAAGAACCUAGAAGAAGUAAAAGGGACAAGAAUACCAAAAGAUUUUGGACCAGAUUUCUUGACCAUGAUAGCUGAAGCUGAGCCUCAAACAUAUAAAGAGGCAAUAUCAAGUCCAGAAGCUCCAUUUUGGAAAGAAGCAAUCAAUAGUGAGGUUGAAUCCAUUAUGCAAAAUCAUACAUGGGAAUUGGUUGAUAUACCACCUGGUAAUAGACCAAUUGGAUACAAAUGGAUCUUUAAGAAGAAAUUAAAAGCAGAUGGUACAAUUGAUAAGUAUAAGGCUCGGUUGGUAGCCAAAGGAUACCGUCAAAAGGAAGGCUUAGAUUUCUUUGACACAUACUCACCUGUGACAAGAAUAACAUCAAUAAGGAUGUUGAUUGCUAUAGCGUCAAUUUAUGACAUGGAAAUACAUCAAAUGGAUGUAAAAACCGCUUUCUUAAAUGGAGAGUUGGAUGAGGAAAUAUAUAUGGAACAACCUGAGGGGUUUGUAGUAAAAGGUCAAGAACUAAAGGUUUGCAAACUUGUAAAGUCUCUCUAUGGACUAAAACAAGCUCCAAAGCAAUGGCAUGAAAAAUUUGACCAUACUAUGAUGACACAUGGUUUUAAAAUAAACGAAUGUGAUAAAUGUGUCUAUAUCAAGACACAUAAGAACGCAUGUGUUAUAGUGUGUCUGUAUGUAGAUGACAUGCUCAUAAUUGGGACUAACAAGGACAUAAUUAACUCUACCAAGAAAAUGUUAAACUCCAGUUUUGACAUGAAAGACUUAGGUCUUGCUGAUUUAAUUCUUGGAAUUAGAGUCAAAAGAAAUUCAGAUGGUUAUAUAUUAACACAGUCCCAUUAUGUAGAAACUGUUCUUAGAAAGUUUGGUCAUUUUGGAAGUAAUCAUGCUGUAACACCUUUUGAUGCAAGUUGCAAAUUAAAGAAGAAUGAAGGUGAAUCUAUUUCACAAAAGAAAUAUUCACAAAUCAUUGGUAGUCUUAUGUACAUUAUGAAUUGUACAAGACCUGAUAUAGCCUAUUCCGUGAGUAGACUUAGUAGGUAUACAAGUAAUCCAGGACAUGAUCAUUGGGAAGCAUUGAUUAGAGUUUUGAGAUAUUUAAAUUACACCUUGGAGUAUGGAUUACACUAUACCAAAUAUCCUCCAGUACUAGAAGGAUAUAGUGAUGCCAAUUGGAUUUCUAAUGAUUUAGAAACAAAUUCCACUAGUGGAUAUGUUUUUACACUAGGAGGAGCAUCCAUAUCUUGGAAAUCUAGUAAACAAACUUGCAUAGCCCGAUCAACAAUGGAAUCGGAAUUUGUAGCUUUAGAUAAAGCUGGUGAAGAAGCCGAGUGGCUAAGAAAUUUUUUGGAAGAUAUUCCUAUAUGGCCUAAGCCUGUGACGGCUGUUUGUAUACAUUGUGAUUGUAUGGCUGCUCAAGCAAGAGCCAAAAAUAAUGUAUACAAUGGAAAGUCUAGACAUAUUAGACGAAGGCAUAAUACAAUCAAGCAGUUGCUCUCAAAUGGAAUAAUUUCUAUUGACUACAUAAAGUCAAGACAAAACCUUGCGGAUCCGUUUACAAAAGGCUUGUCAAGAGAGCAAAUCAAAGUAACAUCGAGGGGAAUGGGAUUGAAGCCAAUUCAAUAA